AGAACAUUUCAAACAUUACCCUGUUCAACAUGAAAUAUCUGAUUGUAUUGUUACAUUCAGUGCUCGGUUGCUGUUCCUUCUUUAUAGACAAUUACGCGCCAGAAGAAAGUCUAAUAUGGCCGACAGAAUUUUAUUUUAAAGCUGAAAAGAUCAGCCUCAAGUCUGGUAUCGUUGAGCCUUACGAAGUAUGAGGCUGUUUAAGAACAUAAAUCUUACAAGAGCAAACAAUCUUAUUUGUAGUUUUCCAUUAAGUCUAAUAUAUUUAAUUUUCUGAUAAAAAAGCUAAUAAUCGGGGAAUAAUAAAUGUUUCCUUGUUCUCCCGUAAUUUUUUGAAAAAUUGAGGUUUGCUCCUUUGCGGCGUCAACGACGAAUUAUUCGUAGGCCAUACUUGUUCCGUACGGGAUGCGGAGCCGCGGCCCCGAGCGCUGCAACUCAUUACUAAGCCACUGCGCAACGGAGCCGUCUAUAAUCUAUAUUAUAUGAAACGGGGCUUCAGCAGGAGAAAUAUACUCUGCGAUAGCUAAUCUUGGCUGAACAGCGUGUCAAACUAAGCAUUUCAUGUAAUUUUAUCCUCUUUUGGUAACAGGCACAGUUCAGAACAAAACCGCUCCCGGAUAGACUUCUAUGAGGGAACGGUGAAACGUUUUAUAUAUAGGGAUCCGGAAGAAAAGAGGACCAUUGCUUAUGAGGUAAGUUAAGAUCACUGGCUCUUCAGUAUAACAGUGUUUAUUUAUAAUAUAAUAAGAGUGACAAGCAAGCACACAGUCCACCUGUUUGUAAGUGAAGUGUGGCCCAUAGACUUCUUUACAUUGACACAGACAGACUUCUACAUUUAUCCUCGAUUAGGAAUCACCAAUCGCGGCAUAGUAUACUCUCCAUUAAGAUUUAAAAUGGAGAUGACAAAAAUAUCCCCCCUCCCCUCUCCGCCCCACCCUCCUAUAGUAUUUUCUAUAGGACCUAUGUUCAAAAACUUUGAUAGGCAGUAACGAAAAUUUAUGUUGAACCAUUGAAACAAUUUACACAAGUGAAACGAUCUCGAACAUACAGAUAGAUGCACUGUCACCCUAGAGAAUUAAUAUGUAUAUAACGGCACGUGCAACAUUGCACGUGCGACGGCGUCGGUGUAGCUAGACAUAAUUCUUGUAAAUAACACUUGCUCCGCACACCUGCACCAUUGCACCUGCGGUGGCGCCCGUUUAGCUUGUAUAAAACGGACGGAGCUGCCGCCAUUAGGACAGCCUUGGCUCUGACGUGGAACGGUGCGCUUGUCGUAUUCCGUAUUACUAGUCUAUCCUUGACUCGUUGGAUAAUUAAUUCGUGUAAACGAAUUAAUUAUUAUUCCUAACUACAAAAUCAGUCUCUGUACUAUACCCACUAUACUUCCUACAUAUAUUUGUUUCCCUCUGUAACCUCUUCAACUACCCACGUGAUGAUAUGGGGUAGUGGAUAUUCUUACACCGCCAGUACACGGUAAUCAGGAUAACAGAGGGAAACAAAUCAGGAGAUGAGCAGUAGUGUCUUCCUAAUAACGACUGAAAAUAAAAAAUAAACUGCGGUUGCCAACCACUUGCCAAGUAUGGUAACUGUGGCAAAUGUUCCCCCUAUGAGGAUUGCCUAUGAUUGCAGGAAGGCCUAUGUUCAGCAGUGGACUUAGGCUGGCCGUAACGGUAACGGUAUAUACAUUCACUUGACCCUUGACUACGAAUCAAAACGCAGAUGCGUUGUUUACCCAGACGACUAACUCGGAAUGUAUUGUUACAAAUGAAAUAGGUCUCAUGUUUCUUUUUUUAUAGAAUAAGUGUGACAAACAAGCACACAGUCCACCUGAUGGUAAGUGGCUGCUGUGACCCAUAGACAUCUACAUCUAUCCUCGAUUACGUAUAAAAAUGCAGAUGCGUUGUCACCCGUGAAAACUAAGAUGGAAUGCCUCCUUUCCAGUAAAAAGGGUCUCGAGUUCACUACACCCACCAUACGAAUCACAGCAGCUUUAGGCUGCUAUUUUACGCUGGUAUUCUGUGAGAGCGUGGUCCUUCCCCGGUCGAGCUGAACCAUUCGUGCUACAACUAUACUACUUAUAUAGCUGAAGCAUGGCUCUAUCAUGCUGUAUUUCAUAUGUUUGACCAUAUGAAACACAGCAGCUUUACGACACUAUUUUACACCGGUAUUCCAUGCGGGCGUAGUAUUUCUCCUCCUAUUAGUCCUGGAUCUGGAAAGCGUUGUAACAUGACUACUACACAUUAUAAUGUUUUUAUAGCAAAGCACUAAACAUCGCAGAGAGUGUCAUCGUUUGUCAUCCUUGCUUGUAUAAAGAAAGUAUAACUUUUCUUUUUUUACUUUGCAGCUCUUUCCGAAGACUGAAGGCGACCUGGAUAGCAUUCUGUAUUGUAGUCAAGUACCGUGUAAUGAACAAAUGACAAAAUUCUUACCAUCUGUUGAAGAUUUUACUUAUCAAGGUGAUAAGACAUACGAUGGUAAAUUGGUGCAGAUUUGGAAGUCCGUCGUCGAAGAAGCGAAUCAUUAUAAAUACGAAAAUAUCAUAUACGUGUAUAAAAACGAAGACAAUCAGUACAUUCCUGUCAGAUUUGUCCAAAAGCAGUUCAUCAUUUGGAAUGCCGCUCUUAACAGCCAUAGUAUCACCAACUUUUACAUUUUCAAUACCAAUGUGAGUUCCGAUGACCUGGACGUUAGCAAAGUUGGAAAAUGUAACGAUGCAGAGCCUUUAGACACUAAUCUCAAACAGGAUCUCGAAAACCUGCAUCCUCAUCUUGAUUCCGAUGUAAACAAGGCUUUUGAAAGCUAUAAAAAUUAUCAUGGAAGGAAUUAUAAGGACAAAGAAUUUGAAGUAAGGAAAUUAAUAUUUGCAGAUAAUUGGAGACGUAUCGUACAUCACAAUCGCAAAAACCUGGGCUAUAAAUUAGAAGUUAACAAAUUUGCUGAUCGUUUCGACGAGGAACUGGUACACCUUUUCGGAACCAGACCCUCCAAAUCUAACGCUCUUGGCACUGAGCCGUUUCCUUUCUCCGAAGAAGAACUAAAUGCUAUGGAAGAAGAACUACCAAUCAAUUAUGAUAUGAGGCAAGAUGGUAUAAUAUCGUCUAUCAAAAACCAAGGAGACUGCGGAUCUUGCUGGGCGUUUGCAACCACGGCUGCUAUCGAAGCGGCUAUUUCGAGAAGUAAUGGCGGGCGGAAUAUCGACCUUAGUGAACAGUCUUUAGUUGACUGCUCUUGGAGCAAAGGUUAUAAAUUUGAUUCUAAUCAAGGCUGUAACGGUGGAUUCCUGUACGAGGCGUUUAAAUACGUGACAUUAUAUGGCAUACCUACACAGAGGGAAUAUGGACCAUAUUUGGAACAGGACGAUUACUGCAAAAUGAAGAAUAUGACAAACGUUUAUAACAUCAAAGGAUUUGCUAAGGUGCCAUCGCUCAGUGAGACCGCUCUGAAGGCGGCACUCUACAAAUUUGGCCCUGUCACUGUUGUCAUCAAUUCCGAGUUAUCAAUGCUGUAUUACUCUAGCGGAAUUUAUUAUGAACCUAAGUGCAACAAGUACCCUACCAAUCACGCGGUCACGGUGGUUGGAUACGGUGUCCGCGACGGCGCGAACUACUGGAUCGUGAAGAACUCCUGGGGUGAGGACUGGGGCGAAGACGGCUACAUACUCAUGUCCACUGCAGAUAACAAUUGCUUCCUCAUGACCGACGGCUAUUACCCUAUCGUUUAGAGUGGUGCUUCAAUAUAUUAACUUUUUAUAAUAAAUAAACUGCACGUGC